AGAAUGGAAAGCAUAAUGCCCUUCUACAGACAUCUAACUCACCCAGCUUUCCCUGCUCAUUUCCUUGGUCUCAACAAGGCCCUCCCCUUGAACAGCUGCCAGGUUAGUUUUCUGUUAGUUUCUGUUCCCCAAAGAAUCCUCCCCUUUCUAAGCUUUUGGUUUAAUGAAGCAGCAGCAGCAGCAGCAGCAGCAGCCAUGUCUUUUAGCCAGCCUCCCUACCAGGAUCCGCCCAUUCCAUUUUCUGGACCUAUCCAGGGUGGACUCAAGGAUGGACAUGAGAUCACUGUCAAUGGGUCGGUCCUUCUUACUGAUGGGAAUAGUUUUGCUGUGAAUUUUCAAUGUGGAUCCACUGGAAACAUAGUCUUUCAUUUCAACCCUCAAUUUGAAGAUGGUGGCCAUGUAGUAUGCAAUACAAAGACAUUUGGUUCCUGGGGGCCCGAAGAGAAGAAGAUGCAGAUGCCUUUUCAGAAGGGAAAAUGUUUUGAAAUUCGUUUUCAGGUUCGCAAUGAAGGCUUCAAUGUGUUGGUGAAUGGGAAUUAUUUUGUUCAGUACCCGCACCGGAUCCCUUUCCAUGAGGUGGAUACCAUCACAAUUGAGGGCAUAGUGCAGGUGUCCUCCAUCAACUUCCAGCCUCCAGACUAUGCCUGGCCACCUGCUCCUUCUACUGUCAUCACUCAAAUUCCUGGCAUCAAUUUUCUUCCACCGGUACCCAGGGUACCUGCUUUCCCAAACACUUUGUACACUAGUCAGUUGUAUCCCUUACCUUUCUCUACAUUUAUCCCUGGAGGACUCUACCCAUCCAGGAACAUCAUCGUCUCUGGCAGCAUCCUGCUUACUGCUAACAUGUUCACAAUCAACCUGAUAUGUGGGAAUGACAUUGCCUUCCAUCUGAACCCACGAUUUACAGAGAAAGCUGUGGUCCGGAACACAAAGAUUAACUACACAUGGGGUUCUGAGGAGCGUAGUCUGCCCGGUUUUAUGCCCUUCACCCAAGGUCAACCCUUCACGAUUCUCAUCAGGUGUGAAAUGCACUGCUUCAAGGUGUCCGUCAAUGGGCAGCACCAGUUUGACUACAAUCACAGAAUGAAAAAUUUAGCCUCUAUCAACCAGUUGGAGGUGAGCGGGGAAAUCCAGCUGACCCAUGUACAGGUCUAAGAAAAGGCCUUCCACCCAGGUGUCCUAGCUGAAGAUGUCUGAAGACAGCCAGCUGAUCAUGAAGGGCUUCUCACUCAGGUGUUCCAGCCUGAACCUUUCUUCUUUCUACCGCAUCAUCACUAGCUGAUUAGACUCUUAAGCACCAAGCUUUCCCUCCACCCCUCCAAUCAGGGGUAAUUGGAGUAAAUUGCUCUCCUCUCUGGGAGAAGGUAGAGAAGGGACAUAUUUUGUUUCCUUGCCAGUAGGAUGGAUAACUUCCUGAGGAAGGGUUGUUUACUUCUCAACUAUGAUGGAACCGAGGGUACCUUCAACCUGGUUGCUGUAACCUCAGGUGUGAUAUUUUGAUAUUUCGAUGCAGAACAAGGAGUUCAGAUAUCACCACUCCUCUUAUUCCAGACUAGAGCCUGUAUCUCAGCAUAGAUUUGAGGUUCCUCUCCUCCUCCUGUCUCCAUCUAGAGCCAAGUCUUUCUCUCCCCCUACCCCGUUCCUCUGCAGUGGUCCCCAUUAAUAUCCCCUUUGCCCUCCCUGGUACCUCUAAUAACUUGAACAUCCUCAGUGCCUUGUUACAUGCCCACAGAUUUCCCCACUCCUUGUGAAGCCCUUUUCCUGAGGGAAUACUCUCUGAGAAACUGGAGCUUGCUGUAGCCUCCUGCCCUUCUCCAUCUGGGUAACUCAAGCCACCGUAGUCCAAUCUCUGUCUACAUUUUUUGAAUAAUCUGAAUUUGCUUUUUUUUUUUUUUAAUACAGCCCAACUCCUGCUAUUGGAAUCUGCUUCCCGAAAGCAGGGGUCAUGUCUCACCAAUAUUUUGUAUCUCUCCGCUUCCUGACCCAGUCAUACCCACACAGCAGGCACUUAAUAAAAGUUUGCUAUGUGGUAUUGAGCUCAGAA